CGGACUCUCAGAGUACGGCGCCAUCUUGUUUGUUUUAGUGGGAGGAGGGGUAUAAAAAGUAAACUACGGCCGCCAAAAAAGAAAACUACAAGUGGAGCUUAAUUGGUUGGGGUCCCCUCCUUAGGUGAGAAGGUGCUGGGCUGGGACAAUGUUUUACGCCCACUUUGUCCUCAGCAAACGUGGGCCGCUAGCCAAAAUCUGGCUGGCAGCCCACUGGGAUAAGAAGCUCACCAAGGCUCAUGUGUUUGAAUGCAACCUGGAGAGCAGUGUGGAGAGCAUCAUCUGCCCCAAGGUGAAAAUGGCGCUGCGCACGUCAGGCCAUCUACUCCUUGGGGUGGUGAGGAUAUACAACAGAAAAGCCAAGUACUUGUUGGCAGAUUGUAAUGAGGCUUUCAUCAAGAUCAAGAUGGCCUUCAGACCAGGUGUAGUUGAUCUGCCUGAGGAGAACCGGGAAGCCGCCUACAACGCCAUCACAAUGCCAGAGGAGUUCCACGACUUUGACCAGCCGCUGCCGGAUCUAGAUGACAUUGACGUUACCAAGCAGUUCACUCUGAACCAGAGUCGCGUUGAAGAGAUCACCAUGAGGGAGGAGGUUGGCAACCUGAGCCUGCUGCAGGAGAACGACUUCGCUGACUUUGGGAUGGACGACCGAGAGAUGAUGCGAGAGGAGAGUGCCUUUGAGGUGGACAUAAUAAACGGGGCUUCAGCAUCUAACCUUCUCCUGGACCCUGAGACCUCUGGCCCCCAGAUCACAGACAAAUCCAAUCACCUGGAGUAUGACGACCAGUACAAAGAUGACUUCGGAGAGGACCCCAUGGCUGACAGCGAGGGAGGCAUGCUGGUUGACAAGCUCCUCAGUAACGAGGAUGGAGGUGGCAUUUUCGACGACCCUCCGGCCAUCACCGAGAGCGUGCUGGGGCUGCAGGACCACGAUGAUGAGGAUGACUUCGAUGCCUUGUCACCAGGGGGUCCAGACAGCCCAGAAUCUGGUCCAGCAGAGCCCCUGCCUGCCAUGCAGGACCAGACAGAGCAGACCACAUUGGUGCACAACGAAGAGGAAGCCUUUGCCCUGGAACCCAUCGACAUCACCGUUAAAGAAACCAAGGCCAAGAGGAAGAGGAAGCUGAUUGUAGACAACCUGAAGGAGCUGGACAGCAAGACCAUCCGCGCCCAGCUCAGCGAUUACUCUGACAUUGUCACCACGUUGGACCUGGCGCCGCCCACCAAGAAGCUGAUGAUGUGGAAGGAGACUGGCGGCGUGGAGAAGCUUUUCUCCCUGCCGGCCCAGUCUCUCUGGAACAACAAGCUGCUCAAGAUGUUCACACGCUGCCUGACCCCGCUUGUGCCAGACGAGAUGAGGAAGCGGAGGAAGGGAGGAGAAGCCGACAGCCUGGAUGAGUUCCUUAAAGACCUGGAGAAUCCAGAGGUGCCUAGAGAGGAGGCCAUGCAGAGGGACAUCAUCGACCAGACCAUCCUGGAGGAGCCCAGUUUGCUUCAGGCAUCAGCCAUGGAGGGCAGCAGGACGACUCUGGACGAGUCCGUCAUGCCCCCGCCUUCCUCCACGUGCAACCAGAAACCCAAGGCUCAGGACACAGAGCCAGCCCUUCCAAUGGGUACUCUGGAGCAGGCGGCCAACCAUUCAGGGGUGUCCCAGCAGCUGGAUGUGACUGUAGAGCUGCCCCCCGAGGAUGUCACCAACAUCAACCAGUUCCCCGAUCUGGACCUGAUAGGGGAGAAGAAAGACAAAAAAGACGGAGAGGAAGAAUCGGAAGAAGAGGAUGAGGAGGGUCAGGCUGGAGACCAGGAUCAAGAAGAGCGGAGGUGGAACAAGAGAACUCAGCAGAUGCUCCAUGGCCUUCAGCGGGUCAUGGCCAAGACUGGGGCCCAGCAAAUUGGCCUGCUUGAGCUGUGCCGAAACAACAACAAGAAGCAGGCUGCCGCCAAGUUCUACAGCUUCCUGGUUCUGAAGAAACAGCAGGCGGUGGAACUCAGCCAGACAGAGCCGUACAGCGACAUCAUUGCGACCCCCGGAGCUCGCUUCCACCUCAUCUAGAGACUUAACACUGGCUGGUUUUACUCUAAACAGUUUUUUGAUGGUUUGUAUAUGAUGUGUUGUUUUGUGUACCUGUGCAUUUUUUUUUUAUACCUUUUUGUUCUCUUGUCUUUCAUGUGAUACGGAUGUUUUUUAUUUUUAAGGUCAGUGGCAACUGGUUGUGAAUGAAGUCUCUGAAUUACCAUUUGUGGGGUUAUCGUAAGCAGGCUGUCAUUGGUUCCUGUUAUCCAAUGAAAGCACUGUGUAUUUUUAUAGAAUGUGAAUGAUGGUCCAAUAAUGUGUUGUUUUCAGAGGCUCCAUUUCUCUAAUUUAAACAGAAAAUCAAGUUUUAUAUCCUUUAGCCAAAAGGAGCAUGUAGUAUCGGUUUAGGUUCUGAAACUUGACUGAAAUUUUAACCAGUACAAAAGUAAUUUGCAUACACCAGCAUACACCAUUGUUAUAUAAGUGCUUGAUUCCUAGACUGUAUGUUUUCAAAUAGGUCUUAAUUGUGGGGAUUGCAGGAUCAUGUAGAGAUGGAAAGUGUCCAGACUUAUUGCAUGCUCCAUUUAAAAAUAUAUAUAUUUUAUUACAAGUAACUGCUCCUGAAAUUGCAUUUUUAUGGCAUUACUUUAAUUCCCUUUGAGUCGCUUUUGGCCAGUUUCAAUUACAGAUUAUUUUUUAGUACCGUACUAAGCUUAUUCUUUGUCCAACAAAACGGCCCAUAGAGACAAAUAUACUUAAGCAACUAUCUCUUUCAGAUGGUAAUUGUUUUAUCCCAAUUGGAUCUGACGUUGCAUCCUUUUUUAGGCUUUUCUGCUUUCAAUAAAUUAUGACUUCCAAAAUUUUAUGGACAAAGAUUAAGACUCUUAAUUGAGCUUGUUUGGUCCAGGAUUAGGCUUGAUCUGUGUCUUUGAAACUGGCACAUUGGUUAUCAACUUUUAAAUACAGUCAACUUAAUACAUUUCUGGUCUAUAGUGGAAUUAACUUUAUUUGGUAUUUAAUAGACAUUUGAGAUGGGGUUUUGAUCCAAUAACUUUAGUGGGAACUAUCACCACUUGGUAAGUCUGAAAUCACUACAGUGCAUAGGACUCUAAACUUUUUGCUUACCUCUGUACUCAGUCAUUUUUGUAGAGUGUGAGUAAGUUUUGGGGAUCUUCAAAUGGUUUAUUCCAUCAAAGAGCUAAAGCACAUCAUUCUGAUGAUCCUUUUACCAAUCUGUACUUAAAAAUAAAAACACAUUUUGAUAUCCACUUAUUCUUUCAAAAUUGUAUGUCACGUUUCAGUGCAUUCCUUUUGAACUAUGUGCCUGUAAACUUGCAUUAUCCCUUUUUGUAUAAAACCCUAAAUGACCUUGUAGAUACUGUUGCCAAAUUGUAUCCUUACACAUUGAGACUGAUGCCAUGCCUGUAGUCAGAACCCCCAGCAAUUGUGUUUAUGUAACUUUUCUAAUUAAACAAAUACUGUUUCAACAGUUGAUGACAAUUACAAAUGA